AUGGAGACAAUAUAUGCCAAUGUUGAAUGCGUUAAACUUGACAACCCAACACCUUCAACAAAUUACACAGGUCAGAGGAGCUCUAGGAGAAGUUUCUAUUUGGGUGUUAUUCUCUCCCUGAGCCUGCUCACUGUUUUAUUGCUGGUUGGACUUAUCACACUUAGUUUCUUCUGUAAACCAUGUCUUGCAGGAUGGCGUAAUUUCAGCUGUAGCUGCUAUCUCCUCUCUGAAAGCUCUGCUUCCUGGGACGCAGCCAGAAAGGACUGCAGAGACAGAGGAGCAGAUCUGGUGGUUAUUGACAGCGCUGAAGAACAGACCUUCCUCUCUACGAUCACCACAAAUGAAACUUGGAUUGGUUUAAAUGACAAAGAACAGGAGGGAACAUGGAAAUGGGUAGAUGGGACUCCACUGACUCUAACGUACUGGGGAAUAAGCCAACCUAAUAAUGGUGGAGAACAGGACUGUGUUUAUGUCACAACGGGUGAGGGAAGGUUUUGGAAUGAUUAUUGGUGUUCGACUUCUCAUCAAUGGAUCUGCGAAAAUACACCAAACCACAAUAAAACAUGUCCUGUAGGAUGGAGAUUCAACCAUAGUUGCUAUCUCGUCUCUAAUAGUUCUGCUUCCUGGGAUGCAGCCAGAAAAGACUGCAGAGACAGAGGAGCAGAUCUGGUGGUUAUUAACAGCCCUGAAGAACAGAACUUCCUCUCUAUGGUCACCACAGAAGUAGUUUGGAUUGGUUUGAAUGACAAAGAACAGGAGGGAACAUGGAAAUGGGUAGAUGGGACUCCACCGACUCUGAUGUACUGGGCAAAAGAUCAGCCUAAUAAUGGUGGAGAAGAGGACUGUGUUUCUGUCAGAAGUGAAGAAAACACUUGGUUUGAUCGUUCAUGUUCAUCUUCUCGUCACUGGAUCUGUGAAAAACUUCCUUGA